GACGUCGGCCAAGUAAAAAAGACUUUUUCAUUUACAAUUAGUUAAUUGCCAGGUUUUAUCCAUUUUUAUUCAAGCAUUUUACUAGGCAAGUUUUAUUAAUGAAGUUGCAUUGAAACUGGAAGAGAAAUGUAAGUGUUCGCAAGCAUGCCGAUGUGGGAUAUGUGUAUGUAGAUCUGCAGCAUGUAAAUUUCUAUACUGUUUUUGCCUUUUUCAUGAUCGGCUAAAUAUUUGAUCCUUUGGUUCAUUUGUGUACUUUAAUCUCUGUUCGGAUGUUUUUUCUCUUACGAAAAUAAAUUGUGUUAAAGACUUGAGUUGAAAAAAUUCCUUGUACCGUAACAUUUCUGAAGAGUAAUGACAGAGUUGAAAACAUCGUCAUCUUAUUCAAUUGAAAGCGAACUCAAAUCGUUGGAAAUUCCCACUUCGAGACCAGCAGAAGAUGACACAAGUGGGAAUGGCCUUGGCGGGAUUAUUCCUGUAGUGGUGUCCUACCCACGCAUUGAUUCGAAGUUAAUACUCCAGAACAUGGAAGAGGUGCUACACACUGUAAAACAACAACAUAAAGAGAAACACAGACGUAAAAAAGAACUAAAAAAAUUGGCAAUGAUUGAAGCAGCAAACAACUCAAGCAAUAGCAUGGAAGGAAAAGAGGAGGAGGCCAUAUCGAAAGCAAGUAACGGCGAGCGAAAGCAUAAACAUAGGGAAAAGGAAAAACGUCAUUCAAAGAAGCGACCGCUUCAGGAGAAGGCUACUUUGGAAAAUGGAAAAAUAUUGCAGGAAAGUCCUAUAAAAUCGGGGACUAUACUACAGCAUUUUCAAAGAACCCCAAAAAAGGAGGUUACUACUAUCGAAUGCCCGGACGAAAGCGAUGAUAUUUCUGUUGUUCAAUCCAUCAUUGAUACUGAGAACAGUGAUAAAAUUCUUAAACCACGUCCAAAGGUCACUAAUGCCUUUGAGGUAAUGAUGAAUGCACGCAACAAAACAAUAGGUUCUAAUACGCCUGGCAAAGACUCGCCGUCUCCAGUCGCCGAUAAAGAGACCAAAGAAGCUAAUGUGAAAAGGAAAUUAAAACUUCAAGAAUGGGCCGAGCAAAAAGGUGCCGCUAAGAGGAAAUUAGAUGAAGAAGCUCGUGCAGCCUACGUCGAUGACCAGUUAGAGCAACGUGCCAAACGAUUUAAAAAAAUGCUAGUCAGCGGCAGCAGUCCCAAGUCAUUGCCUAAACGGAAGCAAGAGGGAAAGCAGCGAAAGCAAAGGAGGAAAAGCAGUGACCAAAAAAUUGCAAAGCAAGAAAUGGAAAUCGAAACCAAGAAACGUUCGAAAGGCCGUGCAAGGCGUUUGAGUUCCAUGGACUCGUUGGAUUCGGUUGAAAUUUGCAGACCUGCAGUUGACGAAGAAACUGCCGAGUUUCUUGCAAAGCUAAAUUCGCCAACAAAAAAGCGAGACAGCCUCUUGGGAUACUUUCCAAAGAAGGAAUCCCCUAAAGAAGUUGCAGCCAAGCAAAGCCUUGAGUUGAGAAAAGCAAAUGAUAACACUUUAAAACAAGUCGAAACUCCUCGAGAUAGAUCCAAAAAGCCAACGUUAGUCGAAACUUGUAAUGAAACCCCAUCCUCUAGCACGGCGAGUGGGCCGAAGACAAAGAAUGAAAUCGGUACACCUAGUGGAAGGCCUAGGCGCUCCUGCGUUGGGAAAACUCGUUACGAUUUCGACUUAGACGACAGUCCUUCGAAGGAAGCUAAAUCUUCAAAAAGCACACCUGUACGAAAAACUGCAACUCGCAAUAACGUCGCAAAGCAAGCAAAUGAAGAAGACUCCAUUGACGUAAUAGUUCUGGAUGAUAGUUCCAAUUUGGUUACCUCUCCCGGAAACAUAACGCAACAGGGAACACCAAAAAAACUUGCUCCGCUUUUUGUGCGCUCUGUACCAAAGCCUAGCCCCGAUCCAGAAAUCUUAAAAGCUCGCAAAGCUUUUUUACAAUCGGGUGUGCCCGAAAAAUUACGUUUAGAACAAGAGAAACAAAAACAGCAUGAACUCAACUACGAAGAAUCUAUCGAGAUAUUCCCCAGAAUAUCGCACGUUAAACAACUCAGCGAAGAAGAAAACUCCACGUUGCUAGAAGUAAUGCCUUGUUCAUAUAAGCUACAUUCAGAAGAAACUUACCUUAGAACGCCUUCUCCCCCGUCACGCAGGGGCAAAGCGAAGCUCAAUAAGCGAGCAUAUCAAAUUGGCACAUUGUCCGAUUGCAUUACCAAUCAUUUUCAGAUACAGCAAAAUGUGAAAAAUACCUUCAGUAUGGAAAACAUGACACUACCCACAUUGGCCAAUAAAAGAGCCAUUAUUAAAAACUGGAAAGCGGAGUUUGAGCGAUUCCCUACAUUUAAGUGUUACAACCAGAUGCGUGAGAAAUACAGAUACUUUAGCCAGUCUGAUUCGGCACAAGACACUGAACAAGUGUCGGAAUCAUUUGUGGUUACAAGGCGUACACGAAGGUCACUGGAAUUACAGAGGAACAACAAAGAACACGAGAACCCAGACGAGGAAUAUAAGCCACCAGCGACAGCUCCCAAUGGAGAAUUGCUGUUCAGUGAAAAAUAUAAACCACUUCUAUUUGAACAGGUCUUGGUAAAUUUGAAUCCGGUCAACCAAUUGAAGGAAUUUCUUUCCAACUGGUCAAAUGGAUGUGCAGGAAGCGCGAGAAAUUCCCAAAAUUUGGAUGACAGCAUGGAUUUCAAUGAUUCAUCAUGUAGCAAUCAGGGACCUUCGUGUAACACCGUUGUGCUUUUGGGGCCUGUAUCGUCUGGAAAAACCAAUGCUGUCUUCGCAUUGGCUAACGAAAUGAAUUUUAACGUUUUGGAAAUAAAUGCAGGCAUGAAGCGAACGGGGAAAAAGCUGAUGCAAGAAUUGCAGGAGGCAACCCAAUCGCAUCAAAUACGAAAGGAUGCAGCAUCAGCUACUGGUUCGACGCAAAAGAAAAAUCUACUGAAAAUGUCUCUAAACGGACUUAAGUCGCAGAUGAUGCGUCAGAAUUCGUCAAAUUCGAAUAACACAGAUUCGCCUGGAAGCGAUUCGAGCAAUAGCGAAUUGUCUCAGACAACACGAAAAUGUUUGAUUUUAAUAGAAGAUGCAGAUAUUAUAUUCGAACAAACCGAUGCAGGCUUUACAGAUGCCAUAUACACAUUGGCGGCUAGUUCAAAGAGGCCAGUAAUUGUGGUGGCCUCAAAUCCAAACUGUAGCCAUUUGCAGCGUCUAAUGGCUCAAAACACGAUACAUUUCACAUCGCCAAAUGUUCUGAACAUUUCAAAAUUUUUGUCCGUCUUGUCUCUAAUAGAAAAUUGUCCUGUUCUCUUGGACGAUAUUAUAUCUCUAUAUCUCUUCAAUAAUCGUGAUUUGAGGAAAACUCUGCUUGAGUUGCAAUUUUUCAUACAAAGUGGAGGUGACCGGCAGAGACAAUUGGCAAAAUCAAAUGGCGAACUAAAGCAAAAAAAGGAACAAUCGAAAAAUAAUGCAUCUUAUUUUGCUUCACCACGCAAACGGGUCUUUUCAGUGGAACAAGAACAAGCCGAAAACAAUCAAGACAACAAUUUAAACAUUGAUACCAAAACGCAGUCCGACAAAGCCAGUGAUGGUGUUUAUAUGCAUCGUUCAUUGUUUGAGUUUUACACGGUGUGUCAAAACUCCAAGCAUCGUGUACCGUUUCCUGUGGACUUCCGUACCUUUGCAAUCAAUCUUAACGAUAUAUUCGGUGUGUCGCGAAAAUUGUUGGCCGAAAGUGUCAACCACAAAGCAUCUUCUCCCAAAGGCACUUGUGUGAAACGUAGAUCAAAAUCGCCCAAAAAGCAGUGGCUGUCUAGCGCAAUGAAAAUUCCACCAAGUCCCUUGGAAAACCUAUGUUCGUUCUAUGAAAAUCUUUCAAUUGCUUCCAUGCUGGACACCGAGAAGGCAGAUAAUUUACAGGCCGCAUCAUUGUCCGUGCAACAUCGAACAUGUGCUGUGGACCGUUUAAAUCCCAACAUUUCCGAGGAUAUAUCGCACACCCUAUUGGAAAGGGCAAUAGAUGUGAAUUUGAAUGCCGACUUUUGUCCAUACAAUCUCUUUGAGACACCAAAAACAAUUUUGUCGCUCUGCAACGAAUUGGGCACAAUGCAACUGCGUUCCAAACGAGCGCGCAACUUGGACUAUGAGCCCAGCUUACGCACCAUAUGCCGUAGUGAAAAAAUUCGAUCUACCCAAGAGAGACGUUCUACGCGAUUUUACCACUACCUUAGAACGUAUGCGGUAAACGUUUGCAAUUUCUCAACGACAAAUUUCGAUCAGGCAUGUGAGGUAUUGCAAUCGUCCAAUGAACUACAACAUGAGACGAAUUCCCAAACAAACUCCGAUACAACAUAACGAAAAGCUGCAUUCAAAUUAAUGGAGUUCUGUUGUAAGUUGUGUAUGUAAGUUAGUUGCACAUUUAUUUUAUUUGAGCAUAAAUAUUUAUAAUGUAAAUAGGAAUAAAGCUAAAAUAAUUUUGUAUUUUUUUUUCUUCUAUAUUUCUAAAGUAAUUACAUAAAUUAUAAAAAAAGUA